CUACUGUAGCCACGCUGCUACUGUCUCGCUUUGUGAAACACUACGGACUGAAGAGUGUUGCUGAGUGAACGAGUUCAGAAACAAUCCCGUCGGGAGAGGCAGACAAGAGAUAAAACUCUGCCAUUUACUGUAACAUUUAAAUGGAUGUGAAAGAGGAGACAUGUGAGGCUGACCUGAAAAUCAUGGAGGAGAGGACCAUAAAUGUUAAGGAGGACUGUGAGUGGGAGAGUGUCCACCCCAAACAGGAGGUUCUGGACAUUAAGGAAGAGGACUGUGAACUGGGGUCAAUGAAUAUUAAAGAGGAGGAUGAAGAGGAGUGUGUCAGCACUGAGAUACAAAACUAUAGAGGUAUGGAGAGUGUCAAAGAAAAGGAUCUUCAUUAUGGAGAUCAAGAUAGAGCAGUGACCCGGUUAGUCUCUUCUCAUAGCAGACACUCUUCAUCUUUGGAGUCUUCUAUCAAUGUAAAACAUGAAUCAUUACAGUCUGACAGAAAGACGACUGAAAGAAUGUCAUCUCCUAGAACUGAGGAAGUUCAGCCACCACCUAAGACGUCAUCUAAAACAAGAAUCAAACUUCACUGCUGUUCUGAAUGUGGCAAACAGUUUUCAAUAAGAUGUAAUCUUCAAAGGCAUCAAAGAAUCCACACAGGAGAGAAGUUGUUUUGCUGUUCUGAAUGUGGUAAACAGUUUUCAGAUAGAAGCAAUCUUCAGCGCCACCAAAGAAUCCACACAGGGGAGAAGCCGUAUGACUGUUCUGAAUGUGGUAAACAGUUUUCAGAUAGAAGCAUUUUUCAGCGCCACAAAAUUAUUCACACAGGACAGAAGAGAUAUUGCUGUUCUGAAUGUAGCAAAACGUUUUCACAGAGAAGCCAUCUUAAGAACCACCAAAGAAUUCACACAGGAGAGAAAAAAAUGACAGAAAAUCCUACACCUUUCCCACAGAUAAACACAGUACAAUUGUAAGCAGCAGAAGAAAGAAUUAAAAAAGUUUGAUGAAAACAAAAAAGAUCUAAAUGAGGAAACUACAAGUAAAGUAGUAAAUACACUGCCCCCCUCCAACAGCCUUAUGUGGAAAAAUAACUUACUCAUGCACUGCUUAUGAGGGGCAAACUAAGACCAAAAGAUUUAUGUAUGCCUCAUCAUUGCACAAAACAGUGUCUUGGACAUAAAAUGGUUCAGAUCAAAAGUAAAAAAAAACAAAAACAUAAUUGUCACUUCUGCCACAAAGAACUAGAAACAGUCACAUCUCGUUGCUUGGUGUGAGGUACUGAUUGCUGAAGGACUAUACGCUGUACAACACCACAAAGUGGCCAGGCUCAUUCGCUGAAACGCUGCAAGAAGUACAACUUAGCAGCACCGGAAAGACACUGGGACCACAACUCGGACAAUGGAAUAUGAAGAGGUGCAGGUCACUUGUAGCACAGCAAUAGUUACUGACUGAAAACAGAGGCUGGAAAACCAAAUGUAAGAAAUCCUGGAUAACAGAAGUAUUAGUCCCUAGUGACUACUCACUCCUAAGAAUGGAGCAGCAAGAAAGAAACAAACUACCAAGAAAUGCAGUCUGAGAUAUGACAAAAGAAAUGUGGGCCAAAAAUAAAAAAAAAAAAACGGAAGGAAUGCCUAGGAUGAACAGGACUGAUAAAGAAAAACUUUCAGGCCCAUCUUAACAAAUUACAAUACCUCCUUAUGACCUUCAAAAAGAAACCUUAGUAGGAACAAUGCAGGUUGUACAUUAAGUCCUUGUGGGAAACUUACGAGAGUGAGAAGUUGAGAAGUACAAUGAGACUGUCCUUACUAAACAGUUAAGUUCACUCCUGUUUUGAUAGUAAGUACACCAAGAAAAUUUGGAAGAAUUAAACCAGAGAGAAGCUGAAUUGUUGUUCUGAAUGUGGUAAACAAAUCUGGCACAGAAACACUCUUCUGAUGCACAUUAAAAUUCACACAGGAGAGAAGCCAUAUGGGUGUUCUGAAUGUGGCAAACAGUUUUCAUGGAGAAACAACCUUUUGGAUACAACAUCUACAUUUAUUUAUAUAGCACAUUUUCAUAUAAACAAUGUAGCUCAAACUGCUUUACAAGAUGAAA